AUGGAGUUAAGCAGACAUCAUUUACUUAUUAGUUUGAUGGAUUUAUUAAUUCGUUCUACUAUUUUAUGUAAACAAAUUAAACCACGUCCAACUAUUAAAUAUCCACUUGUGAUUAAUCCUGAAAAAGAUGCAGAACGGAUAAAUAAAUCUAUCAAAAUUAUAAAUCCUGAUGAAGAUGUCAUCAAUGAAAUAAUUGGUCAUAGAAGUUUGCAACAACGUUUAGCUAUUCAAGAAGCAUAUAAACGUUUAUAUGAUAAGGAUAUCACUGAACAUAUUGGUUCUGUAUUACUUGGCAGUUAUGAUAGUCUCGUUAAAACGUUAUUUCGUAAUCCAAUGGAAAUUUUAGCAAAUGAUUUAUACAAAGGAAUGAAAAAUCUUGGAUCAAAUUAUCAAAUCAUGACUGAUAUAAUUUGUUGUUGUAAUAAUACAGAGAUUUAUUUAUUGAAAAAAGCUUAUGAUCAAGUCUUAAUGAAAGAAGAUCCUAAAGGUUAUCGACAACGAUCAUUACAAAUAGAUAUCAUGAAAGAAGCAAAAGGAUCGUAUCGAUUACUUAUGGAACAAUUAUUAAAAGGUGAAAGAUGUGAAGAUAAUCCGAACAAAACUGAUACUUCGACAACAACACCGACACCAACUACAACAACAACAGUAGUUCAAGGCAGUGUCGAUCAACGACUAGUUGAUGAUGAUGUCACUGAAUUGUUUGAAGCAGGUGAAGGGUAA